UUUGAGCGGUGGUGACACACUACACGUCGUUUCUUCAUAUUUGCAAAAAGAGUGUGUGUGUGCUGAAGGAUUUUGUGAAUUAAAAUAUGGCUCUAAAGUUGACAGCUAAUGUUGCCAAUCCCCCAAUAAGUGGUUUGGCAACUGCCCAUCUGAUUAAUGACACGGUACCCGUCGAAAUUGUUUGGGGUAAUGAGACCGCUUUGCUGUAUCCGGAUGGCCGGCGUUUGGUAUGCUAUUCCAACAAUGAUGUCUUGCGUGCUUUGGCAAGAGCAGCUCCCGCCUACAAGUUGUACGGUGAAACUGCAAUCGAACGUACCCAAAUCGAUCAUUGGCUUUCGUUUUCAUUGACCUGUGAAGAUGACAUUUCAUGGGCCAUGGAAUUUUUGGACAAAUCUAUUGCCCCAGUUACAUACUUGGUGGCCAAUAAAUUAACAAUUGCCGAUUUUGCCUUAUACAAUGAAAUGCAUUCCCGCUACGAGGUCUUAGCAGCAAAAGGCAUGCCACAGCACGUACAAAGAUGGUAUGAUUUGAUUAGUGCUCAACCUCUUAUACAGAAAGUAUUGCAAUCCCUGCCGGACGAGGCUAAAGUUUCAUCAAAACUUGUCAAUCGUCCCAAGAACAACUCAAAGGAAUCUUCACCAGCUGUUGCGGGAAAGACAGGUGAACGUAAGCAAGAAGGAAAAUUCGUUGAUUUACCCGGUGCUGAAAUGGGAAAGGUUGUGGUGCGUUUCCCUCCAGAAGCUUCGGGCUAUUUGCAUAUUGGUCAUGCUAAAGCUGCCCUACUCAAUCAAUACUAUGCCCAAGCAUUCGAUGGCAAGUUGAUCAUGCGUUUUGAUGACACCAACCCUGCCAAGGAAACUGUUGAAUUUGAAAAUGUUAUUUUGGGUGAUUUGGAAUUGUUGAACAUCAAACCAGAUGUCUUUACACAUACGUCCAACUACUUCGAUUUAAUGUUGCAAUAUUGUGAGCAACUUAUCAAUGAAGGCAAGGCGUAUGUUGACGAUACACCACCAGAGCAAAUGAAGGCCGAACGUGAUCAAAAAACAGAGUCAAAGAAUCGUUCAAAUGAUCCCGCCAAAAAUAUGGCCAUGUGGAAAGAAAUGGUGAAUGGCACCGAGUACGGUCAAAAAUGCUGUGUACGUGCCAAGAUCGAUAUGCAAUCGCCCAAUGGUUGUAUGCGUGAUCCCACAAUCUAUAGAUGCAAAAAUGAACCUCAUCCUAGAACUGGAACCAAAUACAAAGUUUAUCCAACAUAUGAUUUUGCUUGUCCAAUUGUCGAUGCUAUUGAAAAUGUUACACACACUCUGCGUACAAUGGAGUAUCAUGAUCGUGACGAUCAAUUCUAUUGGUUCAUUGAUGCUUUGAAAUUGCGCAAACCUUAUAUUUGGGAAUACAGUCGUUUGAAUAUGACCAACACAGUAUUGUCGAAACGUAAACUGACCUGGUUCGUGGAAUCAGGUUUGGUUGAUGGAUGGGAUGAUCCUCGUUUCCCCACUGUUCGUGGCAUUGUUAGACGUGGCAUGACUGUUGAAGGUUUGAAGGAAUUCAUUAUUGCCCAGGGCUCCAGUAAAUCAGUAGUGUUCAUGAAUUGGGAUAAAAUUUGGGCAUUCAACAAGAAAGUCAUUGAUCCCAUUGCCCCACGUUACACUGCCUUGGAAUAUGAGAAUCGUGUCAUCGUUAAUGUAGCCGGCGCCAAGAAAGAAAAAAUUGAAGUUUCUGUACAUCCCAAAAACGAAUCUUUGGGUAAGAAAACUGUCACCUUGGGACCACAAAUUUACAUCGAUUACGCCGAUGCUGAAGCUUUGAAGGCUGGUGAAAAUGCCACGUUUAUCAAUUGGGGUAAUCUGAUGAUUAAUAAAAUCAACAAAAAUGCAUCGGGUAAAAUUACCAGCAUUGACGCUGCUUUGAAUCUCGAGAAUAAAGAUUUCAAGAAAACAUUAAAACUUACAUGGCUGGCCGUUGAGGAUAGCGCUGAUGCUUAUCCUCCAACGUAUUGUGUUUAUUUUGAUCAUAUUAUAAGCAAAGCUGUCUUGGGCAAAGAUGAAGAUUUCAAGCAAUUUAUUGGUCACAAGACACGCGAAGAACAACUUAUGUUGGGCGAUCCUGAACUGAAGAAAUGUAAGAAGGGUGAUAUUAUUCAGCUACAACGUCGCGGUUUCUUCAAGGUUGAUAACGCUUAUGCCCCACCUAGUGCAUAUUCGAAUGUUGCAUCACCAGUUAUUCUAUUCUCCAUUCCUGAUGGUCAUACAAAGGAUAUGCCAUCGUCGGGCUUGAAAAUCAAUGCAGCGGCUGAUGCUAAUAAAGCGGCCACAACAAAUGGUACAACAUCUUCCAAUGCCAACGAAUUAGAUCAACAAAUUUCCAAACAAGGUGAUAUUGUACGCGAUCUUAAGGCUAAGAAAGCAGACAAGGCACAAAUUGAUGCUGAGGUUAAGAAACUUUUGGCUCUGAAGGCUGAUUAUAAGACAGCAACUGGUAAAGAUUGGAAACCUGGACAAACCCCAUCUCCGGCCGCAGCAGUAACCACAACGACGGUGCCCUCUGCUAAUGCUGUUUCAGUCAAUGAGCAAAUUAUCAAGCAAGGUGAUUUGAUACGCGACCUUAAGGCUAAGAAGGCUCCAAAAACCGAAAUUGAACCGCAAGUGAAAAUUCUUUUGGAUUUGAAGGCCUUGUUCAAGAAAUUGUCCGGACAGGACUGGAAACCUGGUGUAUCAGUACCACCUACAACCACACAAACUCCCGCCCCUGCUGCCAAUACCGGUGGUGUUGCCGAGGUUCUAAAUAAAAUUGCCGCACAGGGCGAUAAAAUAAGACAACUCAAGGCACAAAAAGCAGAAAAGGCCACAGUUGAACCAGAAGUAAAACUAUUGCUUAGUUUGAAGGCUGAAUACAAACAGCUAACCGGGGAAGAGUGGAAACCAGGCUGUGUUGCACCAUCCACACCAGUUGUUGUUAAAAAGGAAAAAAGCCCCGAUCAACCAUCGGCCAACGUUGUAGCCGAAUUGCUCAGUAAAAUUGCUGCACAAGGUGAUCAGAUACGACAAUUGAAAGCUUCGAAGGCUGACAAGGCUACCAUUGAUCCAGCCGUACAAUUAUUGUUGGCACUGAAAGCCGAUUAUAAGAGUCUUACAGGACAAGACUGGAAACCAGGUACAGUAGCACCCGUUGUGACAAAAACUGAAGUGAUUGACCUGACAGGUGAAGCACCCAGCUCAGGUGUUGCAAGUGUUUUGGAAAAAAUCAAGCAACAAGGUGACAAGAUUCGUCAACUCAAGUCUGAAAAGGCUGCCAAGAACGUGAUAGACCCUGAAGUAAAAACUCUUCUUGCUCUGAAAGCGGAAUAUAAAACUCUUACCGGUAAAGAUUGGACGCCGGACGCCAAAGUUGAACCUAAAGUAGAAGCUGUUAAGCAGGAACCAGUUAAGAUGUCAUCUGCACCUGUAACAGAGAAAGAUUUGCUAACCAAGGAAAUUACCGAGCAAGGUGAUAAGGUACGCACUGCCAAGACAAACAAGGCACCCAAAGAAGAAAUUGAUGCUGAGGUUGCAAAACUGCUGGCUUUGAAAGCCAGAUAUAAGGAAGUUACUGGCACCGACUUCCCCGUCGCUGGACGAUCGGGAGGUGGAUCGGUCAAGAAAGCUCCUCAAGAGAAGAAAGAAACCCCCAAGCCGGCCAAACCCGCCAAGAAAGAACCAGAAUCUGCCUCGGGAGCAGUCAAAAAACAAACCCGUUUAGGCUUGGAAGCCACAAAGGAGGAAAAUUUGCCAGAAUGGUAUUCUCAAGUUAUCACCAAGGGUGAGCUGAUAGAAUACUAUGAUGUUUCCGGUUGUUACAUUUUGCGUCAUUGGUCGUUUGCCAUCUGGAAAUUCAUCCGCACGUGGUUCGAUGCUCAGAUCACACAAAUGGGCGUUAAAGAAUGCUAUUUCCCCAUAUUUGUCUCAAGGGCAGCUUUGGAGAAGGAGAAGACCCACAUAGCUGAUUUUGCUCCCGAAGUAGCAUGGGUAACCAAGUCGGGAGACUCCGAUUUGGCUGAACCCAUUGCUGUACGUCCCACCUCCGAAACCAUUAUGUAUCCUGCCUAUGCUAAAUGGAUUCAAUCCUAUCGUGAUCUGCCCAUUCGCCUAAAUCAAUGGAAUAAUGUUGUUCGUUGGGAAUUCAAACAUCCUCAGCCUUUCCUACGCACACGUGAAUUCUUGUGGCAAGAAGGUCAUACCGCCUUCGCCACAAAGGCUGAAGCCGACAAAGAAGUCCUAGACAUUUUGGAAUUGUAUGCCCAAGUGUAUACCGAUCUGUUGGCCAUACCUGUUGUAAAGGGUCGCAAAACCGAAAAGGAAAAGUUUGCUGGUGGUGAUUACACAACCACUGUCGAAGCCUUCAUUUCAGCAUCCGGACGGGCCAUCCAGGGAGCCACCAGCCAUCACUUGGGACAAAACUUCUCAAAAAUGUUCGAAAUUGUCUAUGAGGAUCCCGAAACGCAACAAAAACAAUUUGUCUAUCAGAAUUCUUGGGGUAUUACCACAAGAACAAUUGGUGUCAUGAUUAUGGUCCACGCCGACAACCAAGGUUUAGUGUUGCCACCUCAAGUCGCCUGCAUUCAAGCAAUUGUCGUUCCCUGUGGCAUCACCGUAAAUACCAAGGAAAAUGAAAGGGCCGAAUUAUUGGAUGCCUGCAAAGCAUUGGAAAAACAAUUGGUUGCAAGUGGAGUGCGUUGCGAGGGAGACUAUCGUGACAACUAUUCGCCUGGUUGGAAAUUCAAUCAUUGGGAAUUGAAGGGUGUCCCCCUACGUAUCGAAUUGGGUCCCAAGGACAUGAAAGCCAAACAAAUUGUUGCGGUGCGCAGAGAUACUGGUGAAAAGCUGGUCUUGACCAUGGACAAUAUUGAGCAGAAGAUCAACGAACUCUUGAAAACGAUACACAACAGCAUGUUGGCUAAGGCACAAAAGGAAUUGGAUUCAAGUAUUAAACUGACAAAGGACUGGACAGAUUUCUGUAAAUUCUUGGACCAAAAGAAUUUGUUACUGUCUCCAUUCUGUGGCGAAAUUUCUUGCGAGGAUAAAAUUAAGGCCGAUAGUGCACGUGAUGAAGAUGCCGAGCCUGGGGCUCCAGCCAUGGGUGCUAAAUCAUUGUGUAUACCCUUCGAACAACCCGCCACCAUUACUGCCGCUGACAAAUGUGUACAUCCUGCGUGCACGAAUAAACCUAAAUUCUACACACUGUUUGGACGCAGUUAUUAAAUUGAGCCGCCACUAUGACGAUUAUCAUUGUGUUUAACGAGAUUAACAAUAACAUAAAACAAUCGGUUCUUUAUUGGUUUCUUUUGUAAUGUUCAAUAGAAUAAAGAUCGAUAUGAAAAAAUAGAAUAA